GAAACCUUUCCUUUUACUGCAUCGACACUUGGCCCUUCUUUUUUUUUUCUAACACUUUUCCUUUGACAAAUUUAAAAGAAGAUCUGGCGCAUGUUAUACCAAUGACUGAAAGCAGGCCAAUAGCUAGUCCGAGACAGCGUCGUAUACGACACAUGCAGACCAUUGUCGGCCGAAACAUCGUAUGGUGUGGUAAUGGUGACCAUGAAGUCAAUAGUAAAACGACGGCUGAAAACGGCGACAUGCUGGGUCUCUCGGGCUUUUAUAUCAACAGUCGAGGGUCGAGUUUAAGCAGUAGUGCAGUAACGUCUCGAGCGUCAUCUCCUUCUCCAUCGCAGCCAUGGGAUCAGCACCCCCCUCAGCAACAACGGUCUAAAUCAACUGUUUUACACAGACGUACGGGAUCGUCCCCUACAACAGAUUACCCGGCUGCAGCUCACUCGCCUAGUUUAGAAGCACCGCAUCCUGUAACGACUGUUUCCAGCACACUUUUAAACCAGCAGCAGCACCACAACCACCACCAUCACACUGCGGAUAUGCGACGCUCAGAAAGCGCGUCAUCACUUCGCUCAUCCAACAGCACGACUGUGGAAGAUUCGUCACUCACCAAAAGUGCAUACAAAACAUCCCGUUUAAAACGACCAGCAGCACGACAACACGUUUUAAAGCAGCCACAACGCCAGUAUUCGCGUGAUCGGGACGUUGAGCGUGGGUUAUUGGAUGUCAACUUGACGCUCCAUUUGAGUACCGACGAAGCUGCAUUUUUCAAAAGUGAGACAAUACCCAAUACCGUUAACCCGUCGUUCCGGGCAUUGGACUCGUCGCAAUGGUCGUCGUGGUAUGAUGGCGUACAGACAGAGAUUGUGAUCCGUUUGUGGGCGCGCCACUCGUUUCCCGAAUCAGCAACAGCAGUGCGUCCUUCUGCUUCGGAAGAUCAUCAUCAUCACCAUACUUCUUCAGCUUCAACGACGGCGGCGAUGAAACUGAGACGACCGUCGCAACCGACUGAAGAGUAUCAGCUUUUGCUCGAGUGGCAGGUCGAUUUAAAUGCAUUAGCAUUUGUUGGCAAGACGCUGCAAGAUCCACCCUCUUCAUUUACGGAGAACACGCUUUUACUCGAGUUUGAGGAUGGGUUCUACACUGCGCCAGAUAUUGUGUCAAAACUAAUUAUACAAAGCAAAAGAUCGAGUUUGAUUGAUCCAUACGGAGAGAAUGAUCAAGCAAGCAUCGAUACUGAGCAUUCGGUCAACAAAUCUAAGCGAUCGUAUAGUCUAGACAACCUUCUCAAGGUUAAUACCUUAAAACAAUGUAUAUUCGAUACCCAAAAGUCUGCCGAACAAGUACGACAAAAUAUAAGUGAUAUUUUAAUCAAAGAAGAUAAUCGGUUUCGUCUGGCACGGGAACGUGACCAACGACAAUGUAAAUUGGAAGGGAUAGAAGCUGAGCUUGUCAAAGAAAAAAUUGGUAUUCGCAAAGGACGCCAACGGAUAGCCCAUCUACGAGAUUUGCUAGCUAAGCGCAAAUCUGAACUAAGCAAGUCCCACGAGUGUCUUGAAGCCGAAAAAGAGGACUUGGCGGAUAAUGAACAAUUACUUGAACGCAGUAUACAAACACACGAACGCCUUUUCCAUCAAUUGAAUCGUCGCAAAAAGGAGCUUGUAGCCGAUUUAUUUUCCAUAUACCCCAUUGAACAGUCGUUCGAUGAUAUGCAUCAGUUUUGUAUACGGGACAUAUACCUACCCAAUUCCGUUUACACCGGAUGUAACGACGAGUCGAUCGCAACCGCAUUAGGAUUUACGGCACAUCUUGUUUCCAUGUUGGCAUUUUACCUUGAUAUUCCUUUGAGAUAUCCUAUUCGGCCCAUGGGUUCCAGAGCUUCCAUCAAGGAUCCCGUAUCGUCGAUUAGCGGGCCCACAGAGUUUCCACUUUAUGCAAAAGGCGUCGAUCGCUACCGAUUCGAAUUCGGUGUGUUUUUACUCAAUAAGAACAUUGAACAGUUAAUGAAUGCCUACGGCUUAAUUGUCAUUGAUCUCCGUUACACGCUUCCCAAUAUUCACUAUUUCAUUCAAGCCAUCCUUACCACCUCCAUAUCAUCCGGUCCAACAUCCAUGUCUGUAUUAUCAAUAUCAUCAUACGCAAACCAACCAGGUGGCGAUCCAACAGAAGCGACUAACAGCAACAACAAGAGCAAACGAAGAUCGCGGCUAUUACGGCACCGUAUCACUCCUGAACAACAAACUGUGUCUUCUGCGCCUGCUCCUGCUAGUACCACUUCUUCAACCACGAGUCAUCAUUCGAAGGGUCCUAACCACCAACGCACUUCAAGUCUCAAUGGGUCUAUAAAAAGUCCACUCACUGCUGCUGCUGCUGUUUCAGUCGACGAACAUGAACAACACGGAAGCAACCAUCUCACUUUGCAACCUAUCGUAAAUAACGCAUCACCACCCGUCGCUCCGUCCCCAUCCACAUCGACCGCCUCUGUUACUAAAAAUAUAUCCAAUUCGCCAAAAUAUGGUGCAUCUCCCACCGCUGCAUUUGUUGGGGCAUCUCAAGCCAUGGCAGCGCCGCCAACAUUGGAUACUGUAACGACAAUAUCUAAUUGCAACAGUAACAAUAAUGAUUCUAGUACUAGUAAACAGAAGGAGGUCGCAGCAGAACAAGCAUUUUGGUAGAUAUAUUAUCCAUCUCCCACACUCACUUUAUCUAUAUAUACGUCACACACCAAACAAAUAUAUCUAUAUACAACAUACCAAAUCCAACAAGGUCCUCUCCCUACCUACCACCACACACACACAUACACACGAAGUUUCUGCACAUAGUAUACGCCACAAAACAAGAAGCACCGCAAAAUAUAUAUGAAUUGCAUACAUUUUAGCUCACAUACUAAGCUCAAUUUUGCCUUUAAUCAAAGAUUGAUAACUUGUAU